UAAAAUUAACCAAUGGAUAUGUAAAUUGAUAUGUAAAUUAAUCCUGUUGUGUGCUUCACAAUUUCAAGAACCGUAUUUGGAAAAAGAGACGACAGAGGAGAAGAAAAAUUGCCCUGAUUUUCUCAUCAUGACUAAAGCAGAAUUUAUCCUUUCCUUUGCAGUUAUUUCAUCUGUGUUAUCGUUCACAAGAGGAAUAGAAAUAUGCGACUACUUACGAGGGUAUUGUGGCACUACGUGUGAGUUUGAAUACGUUCACAAAUGGGGAAUACCCCUCUGUUCGGGGGGAGGAAUGAAGUGUUGUGCUCCAGACCAUGUUGUACAAAUGAUGAAGAGCAGAUCAACUACGACGACGACUACAACCACCACCACUACCCCGGCACCGACACAACCAUUGAUCGACCUACUCGUACUCGACCAACCCCGAUUCAUGUCCAAUGAAGUCCCUAGGAGACAAGAUUGUGGUAAACCCUAUUUUUCACAUCGCGCCAAGAGGAUCGUGGGAGGGACAGUGGCACCCAGAGGUGCGUGGCCCUGGCAGGUGUCCUUCCGGUACAUGAGUGGGGGUUACGGUUGCGGAGGAUCUCUCAUCAGUGAUCGUUGGGUCCUCACCGCCGCCCACUGCUUCAAAGGAGCAUAUAACAACAUAAAGAAAUGGCGGGUGACAGUUGGAAUGCAUGAUAUGACUGGAAACGAGGCAUCCAGGAAGGACAUCGCAAUUAGAUCUAUUAUAAAGCAUCCUCUGUACAUAGCCUACGAUGAAAAAGAAGACAUGAGAAAGAACCAGUCUACUCCACUUCACAAACGUUAUGCCCAUGACAUCGCCUUAGUGGAGUUAGACUCGGGCGUUGACGUUCAAUCGCCGUAUACACGUCCUAUUUGUCUGCCCUCUGUCGGUGAGCCUCUCUUUGGGAACGAUUUCGACAAGAGGGAACCAAUCAUGCAGGACAACACAGUAGAUCUGUUUGAUGUGGAGAGAAAGGGACAGUGCUGGGUGACUGGAUGGGGAUACACUGGGAGGGACGGGGAAACUGAUCGCACACUUUUGCGCCAGGUUCAUGGGAGCGUCAUAGGUAGCACUCAGUGCAGGGAGUUCUGGCAAACUGAACUGGAUGACGAUACCCUCUGCUUUGGGGACGGAACACAUGGACCAUGCAAGGGCGAUUCUGGGAGCCCGAUGUCUUGUAAAUAUGACGGGAAGUAUUACAUUACGGGAGUGGUCUCGUGGGGAUCCGAAGACUGCAAACAAAAGGGAUAUCCCAGUGUGUUUACCCGCGUCACAUCUUACCUUGACUGGAUCAACAAGCACGUGUCACGUGACUGAUUACUGAACCAGUCGCUGUGAAUUUUAUAUAUUAAAAUAUUGGUAUGAAGAAUUCCAGAACGGCUCAGGGAACACGAUUUCAAAAAAAAAAUAAUACAUUUUUCCAGUUAAGUCUGUUAGGAGCUGUGAUAUUGCUAAUCGUUGAUUCUCUGUGUGUUUUCAAAAGAAAUCCAACCCACCCGAUGUUUUAUAGAAUUAAUGUUAUUACAUAUUAAGUACAUGUUUAAUGAGUCUUAGAUUGUUCUCCUAUCAAACCGUGUGACUGUCUCUUUCUGUAUUUCUUUUUUGUCGACAAAACUUCUCUUUCUUUCUAAAAAAUGAAGUAGCUACAAUUAUAUAUUUUUGUAUGUGAUGCUUAAGCAAAUUCCACGUUGAUUUUAUAAUGGCAGAAUGAUGACGACGUGUUGGUAUUGUUGUGUUACCAAUAAAACUUCUAUUGGUGAUGGUUACCA